GACCGCUCGCGCUCGCGCGCCGCGCGCGCGCGUGUGUAGGCAGCGUAAUGAAACACGGGGUGAGCGAAACGCGAAACAAUCGCUUUGUCGCAACGGAGUCCCCCUCCUCUCCUUUUUUUUUUUUUUUAAAAAACGUCAAUUAACCACAGCCGCCCCCCGAAGGGAAAGCCCAGCGGCCGGCGUUGACGCGCCGCGCUAAUCGGCAGGGGCGCGAAAUGUGCAGCAGAGUUGCCGUUUGACGAGCGCGGCGGAAUCGGCUCACGCGCCCGACUGGCGGAGUGGACCGAAAACAUGGCUGCCGCUGCCCGAUUUGCGGCGGACGUGCGGAAGUGAGGUGCUGACAUUCUGCCGCAGAGGAGAGAGCACCAGGAUGAGGAGACUGUAGGCACCCACCAUAGUAUGGCCGCGUCUCGUUCCUCGCGUGUCACAAGGUCAUCAGUGGGUCUCAAUGGAUUGGAUGAGAACUUCUGUGGUCGAACCCUCAGGAACCGAAGCAUUGCCCAGCCAGAGGAGACGUUGGUGUCUGCUCUGCCCCGGGCACGCUCGCCAAAAAAGAAACAGGACGCGAAGCAGGAUGCAAAGCUGGACACCAGGCAAGACAGCCAGCAGCAGCAGACCUCAUCACAGGGGAAGGUAGCUGAUUCCAAGGCUUCUCCUGUUGAGGGGGAGCAAUGGGCCAGCUCCAGGAAACGAGGUGUGUCCUGUUCAGAGAAAGACGGCAGCCCAGAAAAGUCGGAGAACUGUGAGAGAGGGAGGGGGGCGCAGGAUGCCUCUCCUCAACAAAAAAGGGCCAAGCGGUGCUCCCGCUCAGGAGAGUCUCAGGUACCUGAGGAGGACCCACAGCCUGUGAAACCUGAGAGCCCAGUCUCUGUCCCUGAGAUGAGCAAUGACAACAGCAACAAGGAUUUGCCUGACCAAAACUCUGCCGCUGUGGCCCCUGACUCCCCUGUCCAUAGUAAAGAGGAAGGCAAAGCAGCAGACAAGGGCAAAGCAGCAGACAAGGGCAAAGUGGAGGACGGCCAAUUGGUGUGUGAUGGGACAGCUGAGGCUCCAAAUGCUCACAAGGCCUCUAAUGGACUUGGAGAGACUAAAGCAGAGGACAAACAAUCUAGCACUCCCUCCCCAGAGCCUGGCGCAGAUCCCACAUCUGCUACAAACAGCCCCUCUCUGCUCAAUGGCAGCCAGUCAUCACACUCACACACAGGGGCUCCCUCCUCCCCUGACCCCAUCGUGCCUUGUAGAAACUCUGUCAUUGGGCAGGCGGAAGUCUGCGGCUCAGGAGAAACGCUGGCCUCACCUGCAACAACACUGGAGGCUGUGCCAGGGGAUCCUGUUCCUGAGCUGAUGGUGGCUAAGGAGCAGGAUGUGGGGGAGUCCAUCUCUCUGGCCCUUGAGGAGCAGGUAAUGGAGGAGAAGGAGGGAGGCAGCGCUAAUGGUCGACUACCAAUACUGUCACAGGAGGUUCCAGCUGCUCCCGCUAACCCCUCUUCCUCCACUACUACCAACACCGCUGCUAACAACAUGAACAAUAGCCCAAUCAACAACAACAACAACAGCAACUCAGGAGAAACCCCACCCCCGCUAGUACCAACCCCUUCCCCCACAGAGCCAGAAUGCAUGCCCCCUUCCCCCUCAGAGCCAGGAUACAUCCCAUCUGUAUCCAGCACACCCCCCUCUUUCACAGAGCCCCAUGAACACAGAUACACCCUUCGGACUUCACCCAGGAGGGCCACCAAUGGUGGCAAACCCUCCUCCCCCAAGCCCAUUUCCCCUCCCAGAGACAACGGCCCUCUGAGGGAUGAGGGGAUGGUUGGGCAGGAAGAGGCCUGCCCCAGGCUGGAAGAGCCUGCCCCUGCAAACUGUAUUGGCCCCUCUAGUGAGGGUCAGGCCUCCUCGGACCCUGGUGACAGGGCAGAGGUUAAGGACAGCGGGGCCAUGGAGGCCAAAGAAAUGGGUAGCAGAAAGGAGCCGGUGCGGAUCCAGGCUGCUGAUGAGGAAGAGGAAGAGGAGGAGGAAGAACCGGAUGUGUAUUAUUUUGAGUCGGACCACCUGGCUCUCAAACACAACAAAGAUUAUCAGAGGCUGCUGCAGACCAUCGGCGUACUGGAGGCCCAACGCACGCAGGCCAUACUGGACCUGGAGACUCUCGCCCGCCACCAGAGACAAGCACUCGCUAACCCCAUCAGCUUUGUGGAGCAGCUUCAGAAACAGGUGAAUCUGGACUUGCCCUGCCCCCAGCGAGUGGUCCAGCUCCCUGACAUAGCAUGGGACCAGUACACUUCAGGUCUGGGGGACUUUGAGAGGGAGUUCUGUGACAAAAAACGCAAAACCAGGCGUCUGAAGCUGAUCUUCGACAAGGGGUUGCCUGUCAGACCGAAAAGUCCUGUGGAACCCAAGAAGGAAGGCGAGUCCUCCACCAUGUACUCCUCGCUGCCCACCAGUGACGGUCCAGAGAAUGGCAGGCAAGCGCAGAUGAUCCGAGGGAGGUUAUGUCAUUCGAACAAGCCUGACACAUUUAACCAGCUGUGGACUGUGGAGGAACAGAAAAAGCUGGAGCAGCUUCUGCUAAAAUUCCCUCCUGAGGAGGUAGAGUCCAGAAGAUGGCAGAAGAUUGCUGAUGAACUGGGGAACAGGACAGCCAAACAGGUUGCCAGCAGGGUUCAAAAGUACUUCAUCAAACUGACUAAAGCUGGUAUCCCUGUGCCUGGGAGGACACCCAACUUGUGCAUCUACUCUAAAAAGGCAUCCAGCAAGCGUCAGCACCACCUCAACAAGCAUCUGUACAGGCCAUCCACCUUCCUGGCCUCCUACGAACCUCCGGUCUACAUGGAUGAUGAUGAUGAAGAUCGCUCGGCCUACUACAGUGGCGUGCAGGAUCCCUCUGCUGAUGACUCGGAUGACGAGGGUGUGCCGGUUGAGUUGAGGCACCUGCCUGAGUACAAGGAGCUCUUGGAGCUGAAGCAGCUGAAGAAGCAGAAGAUACGUGAGAUCCAGGAGGAGAGGGGAGCGGUGCAGCACCUCGGUUUCAAGUGUGACGUGUGUGGCACAGAGCCUAUCCAGGGAGUGAGGUGGCACUGUCAGGAUUGUCCCCAGGAGACCUCGGUUGACUUAUGCUCCAACUGCUCAGACUGCUUGUUAAAAACGGAGACGCACAAACCCGACCACCACUUGGAACCCGUGUACCAGACAGACACCUUCCUGGAUAGGGACUACUGUAUGCCGCAGAGCGCAGGCUACAACUAUCUGGACCCCAACUACUUCCCUGCCAACAGAUGACAGGGGCCCAGGCGUCCCUAGCUCCAGGCUCUCUCCACAUAUCCCACAGGCCGCUCUGUGCAUGGCUCCAUCCUCCAAGUACAAGAUACCCGCUUAACCCGCCACCAGGCAGGAAGGCCAGCAGGCAGGCAGGCAGGCAGGCAGGCAGGCAGGCAGGCAGACAGGCAGACAGACAGACAGACAGACAGACAGCCCACCCGGGGGCCUCAGAGCAUACCACGGCGCUGGUGGUCAGGGGCUGUUGGUAAGUGGCCACCCUGACUCAAGUGAGGGCCUCCAUGUUGAAUUGUUUGGGGGGGGGGGGGGUCCUCCUGCUCUACAUCGACAGGGUUAAUCUAUGGAUCUCUAUUUAAAAAAAAAAACAUACAAAAGUAAUACACUAUUUUUAAAAACAAGAUGAGAAGGCACACUGACAUUCCCGAGUCCUGGGACUCCAGAAGGGGCCACGUCUGUCUCGGUUCCCCUCCUCCUUCUGCCAUAAGACCGGAGGACCAAUGGUCUCUCCCUGGUGAGGGUCCACUGAGAGGAAAUAUGCGGUUGACGAGUGACAUAGUGGGGGUCGGGCAACGGAUCCUAGCGCCCAAAUUAGCAUCUCUGGCCACCAGCCCAGUAGGAAGUCCCAGUCCCAGGAGCUUUGUCCAUCAAUGUGACGAUCUAAAAACAGACUGCACAAUGUCUACACGGAGGCCACCCUACCACUGUCACUCAAGGCUGCUCUCUACCCCGUACCUCUCAACAUCUCUCGCCAUCUCUCACACACAGUCAUGGUUUUUUUUUUGUUGUUUAUUUUGUUUUGUUUUGUUUUUGUUUUUUUGCGUCGUCCUGUCCACUAAACCUUUUUAGUUUCUGACAAAGAAGCACUACAGCAUGGAGAGCAAACGUUUUCAAAGGAAGACUUGCGGACAUACGGAAAAGUGUAGAAGAUUUUUCUUUUCACCAAAUGUGCGGUCAUCGACCGUGUGGAGUAUACAAAUAAACGGUGAAAGGCAGCAAGCGCUAGUUGCUGUGUGCCAUUUUUUUUGUUCCGUUGACCUCUGAACCUACCCACAUCUCCCUCCCUGUGUGGCACCAUUGAACUACAUUAAAUUGACCUGCUCAUCAUGUAUCUAGAUCCUCCGUAAUUUCAGUCUGCUUUGAAAUCCGUUAAAUAAGGAAAAAAAAAGAAGUAUUUUUAUUGAUCUAUUUAAAAAAGAUGAAUUAAGACGGUGGUUGCUGCCUCUGAACAGCGGAGGAGUCCACACAAUUUUAUACACAUAGAUUUUGUUGUGCUUGAGUAGACACCAUUUUGUAUGGUUUUUGUUUUGUCUCCCUUCCGCACCCCCCCUUUACCCAGCUUCAAUAUCUGUGUAUAACAGUCUGUUCUUAUGUAAAAAAAAAAACUAAAAAAAAACAAAACAAAAAAUGAUGCUAGAGGAGAACUGUGGAAAAUAAAAGUAUGUGAAAUUAGU